AUGUCCCCUCACACCCCCGCGGACGGACACACACUCCCCCCUCGACUGCGCGGCCCCCCGUCACCCGCCUGCAACCCGGCCGAGCGGACGCGCGUCCCGGACUGCCGCUCCCGCGCCCUUCGCCUCCCCGCCCGCCCCACUCACUGGCUCCUGCCCCAGGCAGGGGCUCCGCUGGCCGCGGCCGGAGCAAGACCCGGGUACCAGCCGCCGCGGCCGCCGGCGCCGCCGCACAAUAUGGCGAGCCUCGGCUUCCGCAAUGGAGCUCGGGAAAUACAACAGGGGCCGCUCAAUAUUCAUGAGAGACUGAGGGGAAGCCGGCUCGGCCGGCGCUGCGGGGAGGGCGGGAAGGAGCGAGCGAGCGAGGGGCGGAGGCGCGGGACGAGAACGUGCACGGCGCGGGCAGGCCCGCGGCGUGAGGGAGGGUGCGCCGCCGCGUGUUGGCCUGAGGAACCCGAGCCGCCGCCCCGCCCCGAGCCGGCCGACCACGCCCCCCGGGCGCCCACCGCUGCCCGACGCAGCCCCCAGGCUAUGCCGGGAAGACGGCGCCGCCACUUCGUCGUGGUCAACGUUCUGCUUGGUCUCUUCUGCCCUGGCUUCGGCCCACCCAGUACGCCUUCCUGGCCGGGUUCUGGGGUUUGGUCUGAGACUUCUUUCUCGCUGAAGUGCAAUGGCAUGAUCUCGGCUCACUACAAUCUCUGCCUCCCCAGUUCAAGCAAUUCUGCUUUCUCAGACUCCUGAGUAACUGAGAUUACAGAGAUGGGGUUUCACCAUAUUUGCCAGACUGGUCUCCAACUCCCGACCUCAAGUGAUCUGCCUGCCUCGGCCUCCCAAAGUGCUAGGAUUAUAGGCGUGAGCCACCAUGCCUGGCC